CGUUUUUCCUCAAUCGCUGCUGCUGCUCCCCUACCGUCGCGCCGCCAUGGCCACGGUGCCCUGUUCCACCCACAGAGAUAUCUCCAUGCCGCUCCUCUCGUGUGUCCUAGUUGUGCGACCCGACCCUUUCGUGCCUUGCGUUUGCCCGUCCGCCGUAGUGGAGAGGUGGUCGGAGAAGCGCCGGCGCUAAGGAGAGUCGUGCUGCAGGAGAGGUCAUCGAUGAGGCGCCAGCACGGUGGCGGAGGUGGCCGCUUCUGACGGUGAGCGGCGAUCUCUCCAUUGGAUCCGGCCAGCUGCGGACGACGGGGAGCUGGCAACCUCUCCGUGGGAUCCAGCCAGAGCGCCGGUGCCCAUGCCCGGGCUCCUCCCGCGCGAGCUCGAUGCUGAUGGUGCCGUACAUGCGGGAGUACGUGCCGCGGUACCACGACUGGAUUCAGACCCGACGCUGCUGGAGGCCACCGUGUCGGAGCCCCUUUCAUAAGAGUUUUGAGGUCCACUGCUCAUGGACCCUCGGCCUUUUAAAGUACACACAAGGAGCACAGGCAGGUUGAUGCAGACAUACACGCAGGGCUGAUAGCUCACAGCUACCACAUCAUUGCAGUUGAACUCAUCGGAGUCCGGAGCUGGUGGUGCUAUAUUGCAGACUAUAUUUUAUGUACAGGGACGAUAGAGGCACCUCACGCUGCUCGGGACGGCCAUCGCAGCUUGUGCGGGUGCCAAGGACCGAUGAAGGCGAGGGCUACAAGGAUGGAAGGGGCGCACUCGAUCAGAGUCGGAUGAGGCGAAGCACAGCCACGUUCGCUAGAGUGUGGCGUACGGUCGGCCGACCGGCUUUAUAGAGCACGGCAAGGCAAAAGGGGCCAGAGUGGUAGGGGUGUUGCAAUUGGUUUCGGACUUGGAUGAAGCUUUUUGUCUCACUAUUCAUCCAAGAGUUCAUCCAAGAGAUAUAUAAAAAGGAGGCGAGGAGGGGAGGAGACCGGAGCCAAAGACGAGUGCAGUCGUGGACCCGUAGCGUAUUGGAGAGAGAAAAAGGGACUCGGUAGAGGUGUAUAAGAGGACAAGGAGCAGAGGAAGACCAAGACAUCGGGAUCAGCCCGUGCUCAGUGCUCACGUCACUUCACUCACUCACCUCCUCUUUGUUCCCCGACCGUCCGUCCGUCCGUCUGUCCAUCGGGAAGAGAAUCCGAUCCAGUCCACGAACCUUUUCCGGCUUGGUCAAUCCUGUCGCCAUCGAUCCAUCCCACACACAAGAGGUGCACACACACACAAACAAACUCCGGCAGCUCCACUCCGAUCCGCCGCUCGCCGUCCUCGCUCUCCUGCUCCACCGGCCGCCUCCGAUCCUAGCUCCAUCGGUUUGCUGCCGUGUGCUAAGCUAGCUAGCUGCUCGUUGGCCGGCUGCCAUGGAGACGUACACUACAGAUGACGCGCUCACGGCCAUGGGGUUUGGCAAGUUCCAGGCGCUUGUUCUCGUGUACGCGGGGACGGGCUGGCUCGCGGACUCCAUGGAGCUCAUGCUGCUUUCCUUCGUCGGACCACUGGUUCGACAGCAGUGGAAUGUCUCUCCCCAGCAUGAGAGCCUGCUCUCUAGCGUCGUCUUCACUGGCAUGCUCCUGGGAGCCUGUUCCUGGGGCUAUAUUUCCGACAAAUAUGGAAGAAGGACUGCUUUACUGUUCUCCAUUAUUCUUACUGCUGGAGCAGGGUUUAUAAGUGCUUUAUCUCCUAACUACAUAUCCUUGCUGGCUCUUCGGUUUCUUGUCGGUAUAGGAGUUGGUGGCACUCAUGUAUUCUCAUCUUGGUUUUUGGAAUUUGUUCCUGCAAAGAACCGUGGUGCCUGGAUGAUUGUGUUUUCUGCUUUCUGGACAUUCGGAACCAUCUUCGAGGCUUCACUUGCGUGGGUUGUGUUAUCAAGACUGAGUUGGCGGUGGUUGCUGGCGUUCACCGCCCUUCCAUGCUUCGUUCUGCUUGUGUUUUUCGUCAUUGCACCCGAGUCACCACGCUAUCUGUGCGUACAGAACAGAAUCUCUGAUGCGACUCUUGUCCUGGAGAGGAUGUCAAAGACGAACAGAGUCGCUCUUCCUCCUGGAGCUCUCACAUACCACACAGAAACACAGUUGCUUGAUGACAACGGCCCUCAGAAUGGGCACCUUCCUGUCAGAAUCAUGACCAUGAGCUCAUCCAAAUCUGGUUCUGGUGGCAUUGCUGCGUUGCGCAAGCUGUUUUCACGCAAGCUGCUCAGAUCGACUCUCCUUAUUUGGUUUGUUUGGUUUGCAAACUCCUUUGCCUAUUACGGGCUAGUGUUGCUGACGUCGCAGCUGAGUGAUGCAAACAGAAGAUGCAAGUCUGCUCAGAAAUCUGAAGCGCACCAAAACAAGUCCAAUCUCUACAAAGAUGUUUUCAUAACUAGCUUAGCAGAGUUUCCGGGGUUGGUUAUUUCUGCCAUUAUCGUUGAUUGGUUUGGCCGGAAAGCUACAAUGUGGAUCUUGCUGUUUGGAUGCUGUGGUUUCCUCGGACCUCUGGCUGUUCAUCAGAAAGAGGCACUGACAACCGCUCUUCUAUUCGGUGCUCGCGCCUGUGGCAUGGGGAGCUCUACAGUUUUGUGCCUUUAUGCACCAGAGGUGUACCCAACAUCAGCGCGCUCAACAGGUGUUGGCAUUGCCACCGCCAUUGGUAAGAUUGGCGGCAUCGUUUGCCCCCUUAUCGCUGUCGGGCUGCUCCGGAGCUGCCACCAAAUGGAAGCAGUCCUAGUCUUUGAGCUGGUCCUAGGCCUCGCAGGAGUAGCCUGCAUCCUCUUCCCUGUGGAGACCAAGGGCCGCGAGAUGAAAUGAUCGGCAGCACGCCGCGAGAUGAAAUGAUCGGCAGCACUUUGUUUGAGCUCCAAAUGCACCCAAAAUUUAAGCUACCACUACCAGCGUCCAUCAUCAGUGUGUACUAUAUAUAUAUAUAUAUAUAUAUAUAUAUAUAUAUAUAUAUAUAUACUGUAGCUGGCUACAAAAUAACUUAUUUUGUUGCCACUUUAAAUUACGAUAAUUACUAUAUUAAUUUACAAAAUUAUAGUAACUCCUUACUAAGUGGUUUACUAUAACAUUACAGUAAAUAUCCCUAUGUGUUAUAGUAACUCAACUAUGGUAAAUAUGUAUACAUAUUACCGUAAACUAGUACGUAGAAUUAUCGUAAAUGGAGGUGGCUACAGAAUAACAUAUUUUGUAGCUAGCUACAGGGUAUACUCUCCCUAUACAGAAGCACUACAUAAAGUACGGAGUAAGUAUUUACUGACUGAGUAUUUUUGUUUAAGGCGUA